UAGUAUAGUAUUUCAGAUUUUCUUAUUACUAACCUGCCAGUUGUAAGAUGCUAUUGUUCUAAACACUUCAGUCCUCAGAUAUUUCAUUUUGUCCUUUUUUUCCCUAGUCCAACAAAACUCAAUCCACACACAUCCAAUAAACAGAGAAAAGAACUGGAGAGAAAAAAUUAUGGCCAUGGCACAAAUAUUAUUUCAAGAACCAAAUUCAAUAUUCAUCAAAGUCAUGAUAGUUGUGAAUCUAAUAAUUUCAGCAAUGUUGGGUUAUUCAGAAGGUUCAGGCAAGCAAAAUCUUGAGUAUUCAAAGUUUUGGAAUAUGAAUUCUCAUGAGAAACAAGAAAAAGCUAAAGUUCCAAGCAAAAUAGGAAUGAUAAUUGUUUAUACUCCUAGUUUAAUUGUAUGUUUAAGCUUCUUUUGGAUCUUCCCAAAUGGUGGAAUUAGAUUUGCCAUGCUCAAUUCUGUUAUUACCAUUCAUCUCUUCAAAAGAGUUCUUGAGGUCCUAUUUGUGCACAAAUACAGUGGUUCCAUGGCAAUGAAUUCUGCAAUUACUAUUUCCUCAAGCUACUUUAUAGCCUUUUCUAGCUUGAUAUAUAUCCAACACUUGACUAAAGGAUCAAUAGAGCCAAUAAUUGACUUGAAGUAUCUUGGUUUUAUUGUAUUUUUAGUGGGAGCUAUUGGCAAUUUUUACCACCAUUUUCUCCUUUCUAAGAUGAGGAAAAAAAGUGAAAGUGGCUAUAAAAUUCCCAAAGGUGGACUAUUUAGCUUAGUUAUAUGUCCACAUUACCUUUUUGAGAUUGUCACAUUCCUUGGUUUUUCUCUUAUUAGCCAAACUUUAUUUUCUUUUUCUUCUACCUUAGGGACAGUAUUUUAUUUGAUGGGGAGGAGUUAUGCUACUAGGAAAUGGUACCUUUCCAAAUUUGAAGAUUUUCCAAGAAAUGUUGAGGCUUUAGUACCUUUUGUAUUUUAAUUUUUAACUUAGUUCAUGAUAUGAGAGCUGCUACGAGCCUAUGAUUAUUGUUCAA